AUGGGUCUAUCGGAAAUUGUGGAUUCCGGCAGGUUUUCCAGCCAGAGGUCCAACUUUUCCCAGAAAUGUAGUUUGUUGAGUCAGUACUUGAAAGAGAAGGGUAGCUUUGGAGAUCUUACUCUUGGACUCGCUCACAAUUUCGAACCAAAAGGAGCUCCAGCAGCAACUGGAACCAUGAAUUUCUUCCCAAUAAUGGAGAAAUCCGGGGCCUCGAUCCAUAAUUUAUCUACUACAGAACUCAACACGCCCGCUAUCCCCCAGAAGAAGACCAAUCUCAGUGGGACAAAAUCUGAGCCAGAAGCUGCACAAAUGACCAUAUUCUACGGCGGCCAGGUCAUAGUAUUCAAUGAUUUUCCGGCUGAAAAGGCAAAGGAAAUCAUGCUUUUGGCCAGCAAGUCAAGUGCAGAAAACCACCCUGCCGCCGCCGCCGCCGCCGCCUUUGCUCCGCCGAGCAUGGUCCAAAGUCCUGCUGAAUCCGCCACCAAUAUCCCAGCUGCCGUCCCUGUUUCAAAGGCUGUUCCCAGUUUGGUCCACAACCCUCCUCAGCCAACCCUUGCCUCUGAUUUACCAAUUGCAAGGAAAAAUUCUCUAGCCCGGUUCCUGGAGAAGAGAAAAGAUCGGAUCACAUCAAAAGCACCAUACCCAGCAAUGGCACCUCCAAAGGCAGUUAAAACUGAAGAAUGGCUUGGAUUGGCUCCUCAAUACCCAACUUCAAAUUGA